AUGCCGCGAAUUGCGCCGGGUGCGCGUGUGGCCGCGAAGGCAGCGGAGCAGGCACUGGCUCCUUCUCCUGCCACUGCAUUCUCUCCGCGUACGUCGUUUGCAUACCCUGCUACGGUGCCGUCAUGGUACAUUGGACACAUGCACCGUGCGAUGCGCUCGAUCCCCUCGUUGCUUGCACGCACACCGCCGCCGCUGGUGGUCGAAGUGCGCGACGCGCGACUUCCACUCACGAGCAUCAAUCCCGUAUUUGAGUCGCUGCUGCAAUCUGCGCCGUCUGCGCAGGAGCGUGUGCGUAUCAGCCCUGGAAAACGUGUACCAGGCUGGGCGGCGCGCCGGCUUGUCGUGUAUGCAAAGCGCGACCUGAUCGAUCCGCACAUUGCAAAGCCAUUUUGUGAUGCACUGGAAACGUACGGGCACGGCCAGCACGCCAUGUUUGUGGAUACAAGGAUGAAGAAAGAUGUAGAGCGUGUGUACAAGUGGGUAUGCGAGCGUGCCGCGCUGCUCGGCCACGCCGCGGCACGCGCGGCGAGUCGUGUGGGCCAGCUUUACCGCCGCUCGCGGCUCAGCGGUGCUGCGCGGUACACGCCCACCCCCGAAACUGGCGUGCGGCUGCUCGUGGUGGGAAUGCCAAAUGUUGGAAAGAGCUCCCUCCUCAACGCCCUGCGGCACGUCGGCACGGGCAAGGGCAGCGCUGCAUCGACGCAUCCACACCCUGGACACACACGCAAAGUCACGGGCACAGUACGCAUCACGCCAGCACCGCCGUCGCUGUCCGAGUACGAGCGCAGCGGCGCGCCCGUUGACAUGAAGGCUUUGGUCGAGCAGCAGGCAAAGCAGGCACCCGCCGUAUACGUCUAUGAUACGCCAGGAAUCAUGGUCCCCCAUCUCGGCAACUCCGAGGACGGCGGCCCUGAACGCGCAUUGAAAUUGGCGAUUGCGGGGUGCAUGAAACAGAGCUUGUUCGACCCCCAAACCCUUGCAGACUACCUCUUAUUUCGUAUGAAUCAGCGGUACAUGUACGCUGCGCGCGAACAUGCGACAAGACAGUGGCCGCCGUAUGCUGCACUGCUGCGCCCGCCGUACUUGACCGACACGCUCAACGAUUUUCUCUCGAGUGUUGCGGAGCGUGCGCCCGGCGCACGACAGAAAGGCGGCGAUGUGAAUUUGCGUCUCGCAGCCGAGUAUGUCAUUGAGCAGUUCCGCCGGGGGCAGCUCGGCGAUCGCGAGCUGGAUCUCGAGCUGGACGAAGGGGAUCUCCGUGUACCGCGGACGGAAAAGGUGCACGCACGUGUGCGCACAUUUAUGGAGCAGCAAGAGAGCAUGACAGAGAAAUGCGGUGCAUAG